AUGUCCGCCACUCUGUUCGAGAUGGCAUCGCAAGCGGAGGUACAGCAGCAUUUGGUCUGCCUGGAGGAGCAGCAGCAGCUGAUUGUGGGCAUGAGCAGCCUGGAGCUGAGCGAAUCCGUGGUCACGCCGAGCAAUUGCGAUGGUAGCGACAGUGGGCUGGAUGUGGCCAGUUGUUGCCUGUCGCGGGUCACCCUGCAACGUGGCCUGAGCAGCACCAGUGGCGGCUACACCAGCAGCAAUGGUCUAGAGGAGAUCUACGACAGCUGCGAACUGAAGGUGGCCACUGUGACCCAAACUCCCAGUGAGACGGGCAGUGAAAAGACGACGCCGCCCAGGAGAACUGGUUCGGUGAAGAAGAAAGUGGCCAUGUUUGAGCCGGAGCCCAUGGGAACUCCGGCCAAGGAUCAAUUGCGUGGUCGAGUGGCCAACUUAAAGAGAGCCGAAAGCCUGCCCAGAAAUAGUGCGGCGCCGGGAACGCCGACCACUUCCGCUUCGAACAAGUCGCGCCUUUCGACCUCCUCCUCCUUUCGAGUGCCCAGCUCCACUGCCACGCCCACUUCGGUCCGCCUGGCACGCCCCCAGAAACCGGAUACGCUGCCCAAUGCCCUGAAUCGCGCCCAGUCCGUCCAGCGGCUCACCCAUGUGCAGCGCACUCCCUCCCUGAGUCGAGCUAGAACACCGGGAACUCCCUCAGACGAUGGUCGUUGGCCGGCGAAUCGGGGGGCAGCUCGUCGCGGGAUGUCAGUGACCCCCGAAGUGACGGCAAACAGGAUGCGGGGCAGUCCUGCGCCCGGAGGAACGCUACCGCGUCGCCGGAAGCAGCAGUCCGUGGAGGAUCUGACCGGUGGUCGUCUGUCCAGAAGCAACUCCAUCAGCCGAGCAGCCGUGGAUUCCCGCAUGACCUCCUCCGUGAUGGUGGUUCCGACGAGUCGUAGGAGCUUGGCUCCCGCCACCGCCAAGGUUAAUUCCCUGCGGAGACCUCAGCCGGUGAUGCCCAGGACACGAAUUUAUCACGAGACAGCCGUGCAAACGGCUCUUACCAGUGAGGAUCUGGAGCAAGUGCUGGGCGGUGGCAUGCUGCAAACCCGUGCCCUGGACGCCGUGGAGCAGCGGAAUCAGAGCACCCAAGCAGAGCCGGAUCAGAGGGACUUUGAGCUGGAGCAGCUGCGUCAGGAGGUGCGCCAGCUAAGUGGAAAACUGCAGCGCGAGCGGGAGGAGAAGCUGGCCAUGCAGCAGGAGCUGCACCUAAAUACGGAGCGGGUGAUGGGCAUGCUGGAGCUGGCGCGAGUGGCGAGUGCCAGUGCGGGCACACCCACGUCGGAGGACAGUGGCGAUGGCAGUGGCCACGACAGUCUCCUCAUGCUGGAGUCCCAGAUCCAGAUCAGUGGCCAUGAGCUUUUCGAGCGCCAGCAGGAGAUCGGUCAGCUGAGGUCCAUGUGUCGCGCCCUGCAGCUGGAAAUGCGAAGAUCCCUGGCCACUCAGCAAUUGCUGCUGCAGGAAAAGGCCGCCAUUGAACAGGAGUCCAGUGAACUGCAGGAUUUCCUGCAACACGAGAAGGCAGCCCAGUGCGAUGCUCUGCGUGACUUGGAAGCCGACUACCAAGCCGUCAAAUCCCAGUUGGCCAAUCGCGAGGAGGAGGCCAAAGUGCUGCGCGAUGAGUGCCGGCAUCUGGUGCGGCUUAAUGAGCAGCGUCGCCAGGAGAACCGUCUGCUGCAGACUAAGUUCUCCGCCUUGGAGAACAAAUCGAGGGAGCUAAUUCACCAGCAGAAUGCUUCGGUGGCCGGGGCUUCCACUGCCCUGUCGGGAUUGCACUCCCGUUUGGAUGGACUGGUGGAGCAACUGGUCUACUCCUACAGUAUUUCCGAGCAGGACUUGGAGGACAUUCGCUUCCAAGCGGAAUCGGAGCAGGUUCAGAACGGCCAAAGGCCCAAUGGCCUGGACCUGCCCAUCUGCCCUGCAGCCACUGGCGAUGCCAUUCACACCCUGGUCCUGGCCAGUGAUGGCUCCUUGUCUCCCCAGCGCAAUCAGUCCUUUAUAGCCGCUGUCAUCGGUGCCAUUCGCCAGGCCACCACCCAUUCCGGCAAGCGGUUGUCUCUUCGCCAGACGGGAAAACGGAACGGAGUGGCAGCAGGAUCGGCUCAGGCGGGGAACACAGGAGCCACGGCUCAUGAGCCUCAGGGAAAUGGAGACGAUUCCGAUUCCACGGAAAUGCUGGACUCUGAGACGGCCUGCCUCCUGAUGAUGGACAAUGUGUUGGAGGAUGUGGUUCACCCGGAUUCGCAUUCGCACAACAUGGUUUCCUCCUGCACGGGAAUGAUAUCCCAGAUAGAGCUGCCCACGGAAUUGAUUAGUCAAUGUAGCCAUCAGAACAAUUUGAAUGGAGGAACAGGAGGCGAUGACUCCCUGCAGCAGUUGUCCCAGGCCAUCACCAACAGGCAGCAAAUGGAGCUGCAUAUGCACAAGAUGAAUGGCCUGCCCAUGAAUCCUCGCGAUCAGUGUAACACAGAGGAGCUGAGUUGCCAUGAUUCACUGGCGGAGCUGGCCGAGUUGCCCUCGCUAAUGGAAUACAGUACCGCUCAGGCUGUGGUGGAUCAGGUGAUCGAAGUGGACACCUUGGUGACCAAAUUGCUCAAGGUCCUGCGACUGGUUCAGCUGGACAACGACAAUUGCAUACAGCAAUUGAUAGUUGACAAGAACAAACUGCAGCAGCAUAAGGAGGACAUGCUGGAGAAACUAAAAGACUUGGAGGACAUCAAUCUGAAGCUGCAGGACGAACUCAUGGACGCUACCCAGGAGCUGAUGAUCAAGGGCAGUGACCUUGGCGGCGCCAAGGCCGAAAUGCAGCGCCAUCGCAACGAGAUCGACCGUCUCAACGAGGACAUCUGCACUCUGAGCACACUCUGCAGCAGCUACAAAAAGCUGUCGCCCACCACGGAGUUCCCGCCCAUGCGACUGCUUUCCCCAAGCCAGGACUCCGAGCAGGGCGAUGUCCUGGGAAUCCUCAAUCUGCUCAAGAUGUGGCAGGCGGGCGGGCAGCUGCAGGAUCCACGAGUCAGCGGAUACCUCCAAACUAUGGCUGGCAGCCAGAUCCAAAACAUACAUCAGGAUAACAAUAAUGUGGAACGCCUUAGGAUCUAUGCCAAUCAACUUGAGCAUGUGUCCCGUGUCCUGGACGAUGGUCUGCUCAUGGAGCUGCAUGCCCCGCUCCAGCAAUUGCGGCAGGACAUCGAGGUCGUCAGGACGAAUGCCAACUGGACGCAGCUGCUCGAACUCAACGAAACGGAUCACAAUGCCAAUGGCGAUGUGCCGUCCACCACGCCUUGAAUUGUGUCAAAAACUGUUGUUAUUCGUCUAGUUAACUAUUAGAUCUUGAGCGUAGGGUACUUUUACGUAGUUAGUUACAAAUGUUUGCGUCCAAUUCAAAGCGAAACUGGCAUCGAUUGCAGUUCUAGAUGUUUUAGCCACGUCCAAAGAAAAGUAUAUUUUAAAGAAAUCAUUGCAUUCCAUAUGUCGACUAAAUUUAUAAAAGUCACUGCACAAGUGAUCUUAAAAUACAUUUCAGUUAGUUAUUGCAUUUCACUUAUGUAGCAUGCAUUGCAACAUUUACAAAUUUCUAUGCUGCAUACUUUUCGUCUGAAAAUGUUUUUCUGUGGCCCUGUUCAAUAGUAAUGGCUUAACCAGUAUUCGGUCUCAAGUAUUAUGCAAAUUCCUAGAAAUAAAUUUAUCCUACAGUUAAGUUGAGUAGCACUUUAAAAAUAAAUGCUCCAUCAUGCCACAUUAGUUAUGCAAAAUAACGCCAAUCACAAAGCAGACUUAGAAUAAAUUAGUUUUGUUCGAAGAAGCGAACAUUUGCUUAUAGGUAAACGCCACAAAUAUCCUUUGAGAUACGGCAUGCCUCAAACCGAAUACCUUGCCGCAUUGCCAAAACUAUAAUUGCAGCUACAAUUUGCUAUUCAGUCAUUAGUGGAAGGUGAAAAAAGGGUUUAGACUAGGCCAGACCCCGCGUACUGAAAUGAUAACUAAUGCGUUCGAAUUCGAAAGCAAGCUGUUUGUUUAAUACACGUACAAUAAAUAAGCAUAAACUAAAUACAUAUGUAUAAAAAUCAACUAUAAAUGAUAAAAACAA